AUAAUAAAAUAAAGAACUGUGUCAUGGAGACAAAAUGUCAACUAAUGGCGGCUCACUCAAAGUUUGUGGCUAAGGACAGUAAAGUGAAAUUAUUGUUUUUACUGUAGGAUAUUAGAUCUACAUACUUAUAUUUAAAACAUGGAUGCUGCAACUGUUAUCCAGUCUACAAAAAGUGGAACUACUUCACAUUCAUAUAUGAAAAGAAAAGUUCCACCAUCUGGACAUCUUGAGCCCAUUAAAGGUCUAGGACGAAGAGACAAACAAGCAGCAGAUAAAAGUGCACUUUUACGAAGUGCACUUCCAGUUCUGCGUAAGCAAGAUAUUGCCAAGUUUCGAAAUUCAUACAAACAUAACCUUUGUCUGGAUAUGCUAACAGAAGGAUUUCACCUGUCCUUUUGUGAGCUAAUUAACCUAAUUCGUCAGCAGCAUGAGCGUAGAGAAGCAGCCGGUCCUGAAUCUUUCAUCUGGACUAAACCAGUUCUUCCUGACCAGCCAGAUAAAUUGGAAAUGAUGAAAAUGUAUUUAACAAGAGCUGAAGCUGCUAGCAGAAUAGGUCAUUAUCUCGAUGAGUAUCAAUCAAGAUAUGAUCUGGCACAAAGUUUCAAAGAUAACCCAGAUGACCAGUGGCUUGUUGACCAUUUUUUCACAACUUGUCUUGAAGUGGCUAUGAAAGUGCCUGUUGAAGUUGGUGGCAAAAUUCAGUCAGAAGGUCAUUGUAAUGUUGGUUUAUGCUUGCAGAAAAGAGGAAACUUUAGAGAGGCUGCUAAACAUUUUGAAGCAUAUCACAAGUUGGCUGCAAAUUACAAGAAUGAAUGGAAGAUGUCCAAUGGAACAAGUUUUUAUACAGAUUCUUGCAUCAAACUUUAUCACAUCUACACUAUCAUUGGAGCAGAGCUGGCAAGGAGUGCUGAACAAGAGGAAAGAGAUCUUUCCUUAGAAACUCUGAAACAAGCAUUGGAAAUGGCAAAAAAUAGCUUAGAUAAGAAACUAGAAGGUGAGGCAUCCUAUAAUCUGGGCAUGGCAUUCCAGAAGAUAAAUGACUUGGAUACUGCGCUGUCUCACUUAUUCAACUUCUAUGAGUCUUGUCAAGGUGACAGUAAUAGUGAAGGAAUUGGAAGAGCCUGUGAUUCUAUUGCCAAAAUUUAUGCCAGGCAAGGUAAUAAAGAAAAAAGUGUUGAGUUUUUAAAGAGAUUUGUUGAACUGACUGAAAAGACUGGCUUAGAAAAAGAAUAUUGUUUGGCAUGCCAUAACCUGGGAAAUGUUUGCAAUUCUGUGGGUAAUUAUGACGAGGCCACAGAAUACUUCAGCAAAGCUUACAACAUAUCACGUGCUCUUGGAGACCCUAUUUCAACCAAUGUAAAUAGAGUGCAGUACGGUAUAGCCAUGGCCCACAGGAUGAUGGGUAAAUUUGCCAAUCACAUUGUUGUUGGAGGUAAAACAUGCAUUACAAGGCUAGCGGAAUGGAAGAGUGUGAGAACCGAUGAGUUUAGCAAGCCAAUCCCAGACACAGUCCCAGGGGCAGCUCAUCACGUUGUGCUCCCACCUCCUCCAGCCCAAAAAGAAACAGAGCAUGAAGAAGAAGCUGAAGAAGAAGCCCAUGAAAUGAAAGAAACCCAAGAUCCUUCAAUAGAGAUUAUCAAACCUGACAGCUUGGAACAAAACAGUGAAUAAACUGAGAAAUGUAACCAAACAUUUGUUUAAAAAUUUCACUGGAAUGAAAAUUUGUUACAUUUUAAAAUGUUUAAUUUUACACUGAACAGAACAUUUAUUAAAUUAUAAACUUACUUUUUUUUUUCAUGAACCUUUCAGAAACAGAAUACAGUUUUCAUGGGAAUACCGAAUACUGCUAUUUAGAAAAACAUCCUCUAAUUUUGUAUUGUAUAAAAUACACAUCUUCCAUUACAUUUUCCUCCAGAUCUGUAAAUACUUUAUUCUGAUGUAAUACUAUAUUCAGUGGAACCUUGAUAACACAUAAACCCUUCAGACAAAGCUCAGCAGGGUGUUUUAUUAGUUUUAGUGACUUAUUUUAGUUAGUUAUAAUAAUCCUUUUUGUUAAAGAAUGUUUAAAUAGUGAUGUUUUGAUAAGAGUUUGCUGGACAAGGAAUAGUAAGAUUCACUCAUAAUUUUGCUAACAAGGUUUCACUGUUUAUGAAAAUCAAAAUUUAGUCAUUCAAGAACAAAAUAAUUUAAUUAUCAUAUUUAUAGUAAAAGAUCCUAUAUUUAAAAAAAUAUUAGAGGCCCAACCCAUUGGUCUCAAUUAAUUUGAGGGUCACAGAUAGAUAUUUGUAUUUGUGUGUCCUACUUUAAAAGUUUCUUAACUGUUUUAAGGCUCAAUUAUACAAUGUUUUAAAGUUCUCUACUAAAUAUAAUUGGUAAAUUAAAUUAUUUCUAUUUGGUAAGUAACUCUCUUAUUCUUAAAAAAAAAUGCUUGUGUUAGAAAAAUUUAGCAUGUCAGCAUUUUGUUUUGUUUUUUUAAUCAUAAAACAAAAAAAAACAACUCUAAUUCAAUAAGCAGCAAUCUUUAAUCUUUACUCUUCUUAUAAGGAGUGGUGGCUGAGUGGUAAUGCACUAGGCUUCCCAAUUAGUGGUCCUGGGUUUGAAUACUGGUGAAGACUGGGAUAUUUAAUUUUGGGAUCUUUGGAUGCCUCUGAUUCCACCCAGCAUUAGUUGGGGAAAAGUAAAGGCAGAUGGUCAUUGUGCUGGCCAUGACACUCUUGUUCACCAUCAGCCACAGAAACAGAUGGCCUUUGCAUCAUCUGCCUUAUAGACUGCAAGGUCUUUACUCUCUCUAUGAAAUUAACAUAGCUAUCACAGCUGGUUAGACUCUUGAAUAUCUUCAUAUCAAGACAGGCAUCUAUCAGCAUUCUAAACUUUUCUAAAUCCGUUUUUCAUUCUACAGAUAAAUUUCUGACAUGCCAAAAAUGGUCUGAAACUGGCUAUUGGACACAAUUAAACCUUGGUCUAUCACAAUCCCUAACAUCAGCAGUAAUCCCCUUUUAUUUUGAAAUAUAAUGUUAUGGUGUAACAUUCACUCAACUAACUCAACCUGCUGUGUAUUUAAUUAUUUAAACAUUAGACAUUUAUUUUCUGCUCAUAUGCUGGAAGACAGUGAAUGAGCAUGCAUUUGAAAUAGUAUAUUUUACAGAAUAUACAACACGGUCACUUGUUCUUUCAGCUGCUUUAACCUUUAUCAGUUUAUGUAAACAAUGUUUUGGUCUGAAUGUCCUAAAAUGUAUGAGAUAAAAUAAAAUGCUAUCACUAAUCUACAUCAAAA